UUACAACUGCUGGUGAAGUGUUGCCAUUACAGGCAAGUGGCUAACGCUAAUGUUUGCUAACUAAUCAGCACGACAGGUGUCAGUGUUGUGUGUGUGUGUAUGUGAGUGUUCCAGCCUGAAUCAUGGAACAGUGUGCAUGUGUGGAGCGGGAGCUGGAGAAAGUGCUCCAUCGCUUCGUUAUGUACGGCCACCAGUCUGAGGAAAGGUUAGACGAGCUCCUGCGCAGUGUGUGUGAGAUCCGAGGACAGCUAGUUGCUUUUGGAGUACAAGAUGCAGACUUGUCGGUCUUGUCUCAGACUAUGGCCCAGUGUUGUAAGAAUAUCAAAGAAACAGUUCAGAUGCUUGCCUCCCGACAUAAGGACAUCCAUGGCAGUGUGUCGAAAGUGGGCAAAGCCAUUGACAGAAAUUUUGAUGCAGAAAUCAGUGCUGUGGUGGCAGAGACAGUGUGGGACACCCCAGAGAGACAGAAAUACCUGAGUGAGACCAUUGUGGAGCACCUGUACAGACAAGGAAUGCUCAGUGUAGCAGAGGACCUGUGUCAGGAGUCUGGUGUAGUUAUAGACAUGAGUAUGAAGCAGCCUUUCCUGGAGCUGAACAGGAUCCUGGAAGCCCUGAGGAUGCAGGACCUCCGGCCGGCACUAGAGUGGGCUGUGACGAAUCGGCAGCGCCUCCUGGACCUAAACAGCAGUUUAGAGUUCAAGUUGCACCGCUUGUACUUCAUCAGUCUGCUCAGUGGAGGAAUCAGCAACCAAAUGGAGGCCCUGCAGUAUGCCAGGCACUUUCAGCCCUUUGCCUCUCAGCACCAGAGAGAUAUCCAGAUCCUGAUGGGCAGUCUGGUGUAUCUGCGUCAUGGCAUCGAUAACUCGCCAUACCGAAGUCUGCUGGAGACAAAUCAGUGGGCAGAGAUCUGCAACAUCUUCACCAGAGAUGCCUGCGCUUUACUGGGCCUCUCUGUAGAGUCUCCACUUAGUGUUAGUUUUGCAUCAGGCUGUAUGGCCUUGCCAGUGCUGAUGAACAUCAAGCAGGUGAUAGAGCAGAGACAGUGCAGCGGAGUCUGGACACACAAAGAUGAGCUGCCUAUUGAAAUUGACCUCGGGAAGAAAUGCUGGUACCACUCUGUUUUCGCCUGUCCAAUCCUUCGGCAGCAGACCUCAGAGAGCAACCCUCCUAUGAAGCUCAUCUGUGGCCACGUCAUCUCCAGAGAUGCCCUUAACAAACUGACAAACGCUGGAAAGUUGAAAUGCCCGUACUGCCCCAUGGAGCAGAAUCCGUCACAUGCCAAGCAGAUCUACUUUUGAUACCGCUCAGUCUACUCACGAGUAAGGAUGAAGUUCCCUGGAGCUCCUCACAUUUCCAGGACCAUUUUUUGCUCUGGCAACUUUCCUCUGUCCCUGGCCUCUCGGGCCUGUUAUUGUAAGCAUUAAGGUUUUACCCCAGUGCUUCACUGGACAGCCUUGGCCGCCCCUUUAUCCACCUCGGACCCUCUCAAGUUUGCGUAGUACACAGAUUCCAGCGAGAACUACAACCUGUCGUAGAGUGAGGAGUCUUUCAGUCAUGAGAGCAUCCUCACAAAGAAGCACCUCUGAAAAAGGAUCAUUCAUUGAAACUCAUUUGCAAAUGCCUGCAGAGUUAUUGGCUUAUCUUUUUAAAUAUGUAAUACUUUAUAGUGUUUGUUUGCUUGAGUUGGAUGACUGCUUCUUUUUUCUUUUUCUUUUUUCCUAAUGGAAGCAGUGAAAUGACUAUGGAUGGGUGUGUGUGGGGCAAAGGCAUAGAUAAGCAGUUUUUGACUUCAGGAUGGAAAUAAACUUCUGUUACACAUGAGAACAACAGAGUAACAAAGUGUUUAGUAGGUUUAUUAUUUGGUGGCGAGGGGGAACUGUGGAGGUCUGUCUGAAAUCAAAGUCUUGAUUGUCGACCAAUUACUCCUCCAUAAUGUAAUAAAGGCCUCACGUUGCUUGAAAGUCACUGUCGGCUGAUGUAUCCAUUUGAUCAGUAGAACGAUUAACUAACUUAUCAAUGGAGGAACAGCUUUUUUUUUCUUUUUGUGACUGACUGCACCAGCAAGAUCUCCCUCAUUAUAGAAGCCAUGUGUCUUGUUCUGUGUAUGUAUUUAACAAACGAUGACAAAAAGGAAACAAAAAAUAUAUACUACUGUGAAAUGUG